CACAUGUUUUACGCGGGAUGAGAUUUAGUUUCCUCUUUUUGCAGACCAGUUAGUUAAUAUAUUUAGGAAAUUUCUAAAAUGUAAAUACUUUGCAAUAAUACUUUAAGACCUCUGGACCAUAUUGUCCACAAUUAAUGGAUACAACGCCUAAAUCAUCGGUCGCAGAGCGCGAUAAGGAGGUGGUCACGGUACCCUCUAGAAACGGGGUGAUGUCUGACACUGCAUCCCUGACCUCCUAUGCUGACUACCCUGUUGGUCAACCCUUCAUCAACACCAACGUAAUACAGUCAACAAGACCCAUUAAAGCUUUUCCAGAGAGCAGCAGUGGAGCAAUCCUCUCUGCUCUGAAGAACCUGCAGGAGAAGAUUCGCAGGCUGGAGCUAGAGCGGGCUCAGGCGGAGCAGAACCUCUGGAAACUCUCAAGAGAAACGUCUGGUGCACAGAGCGCUCUGGACAGAGGGCAUGAGAGCUGUAAAGCAGCGGCACCCAAGAACCAAGAGCUAGUUUCCCAGUUGGCGGCAGCAGAGGCGAAGUGUAACCUGUUGGAGAAGCAGCUGGACUACAUGAAGAAGUUGGUGAGGAACACUGAGUCUGACCGCACUGCUGUGCUUAAACAUCAGGUGUGCGUGCGGGAUUCGGACACGGCCGACGCAUUGGACGUGCGGCUGAAGCUGGAGAAGCUGGACAUGCUGGAGCAGGAAUACCGGCGUCUAACACACACGCAGAACAUGGCCGAGGUGAAGAUCCGUGAGCUGGAGCGGAAACUGCAGGAGGAGGAGCACCAGAGGAAACUCGUACAGGACAGAGCUGCUCAGUUACAGACAGGUCUUGAAGCCAAUCGUAUCCUUAUUCAGUCAGUAUCCCCCUGCCCACCCAAAACAUCAAAGGCGAAGAAGAGACUUGUCUCAAAGAAGUCCUUGGCGCAACAACCCUCUUACGCACAGCCGCAUUACAGACUGAGUUUGGGGGAUGUACCUUUCGUUGCUGGAAUGUCAACCGGGGCGAGUCACUCUGUCCGUGCUAAUGUCCAGCAUGUUCUUCACCUCCUAAAGCAGCAUAACCGCCAGCUCUGUAACGACCGCGUACUUGGGAACACGCCCUUGGCCAGCAUGGGCGGGCCAUCUGAGCAUCACUCAAGUAGUAGUAGCUCCUCCUCUUCCUGUAGUGAAGAGCUCUCUGACCUGCUGCUGGCCUUGCAAGAUGAGUUUGGGCACAUGAGCUUCGAGCACCAGGAGCUGGCUAAACAGAUCCAGCAGUGCCGGUCAGAUAGACUUCGGCAGGAUCUGGAGAGAGAGAUGGAGACCCUGGUGAAGAAAAUGGAAGCGAAAGGAGAACAGAUCGCUAAAGUCCGACGCCACCAAACUGUGAUGGAGAAACUAAAGAAGCAGUCUCGUCAACGAAGUCCGCGUCAUGGCGAAGUGGCGGCCACAACGACAGUCGGCACCCGCGGCUGUUCGGCCCGACCCGUGAGGGUGAAGUCCCGACCGGGAGAACGCAGCAAAGACAGUCUCCGUCUGCUGCAAGACAUGCGCUCGCUCCAGACGUCCCUGCGUGCGGAUCAACUCUCCUGGGAUUACUAACGGUGUAGGCAGGGAGCCUGCACCAGACUAGAUUAGACCAGAUUGGACUGGUCUGAUCUUGUUCAACUCCAGAUUGGAGAAUUUACCAGGUGUAGUUCAUCCAGGACCACUACGAGACUCUGAUGCUCAAAGCACGGGGCUGGUUUCUCUGAUGUUGUCAGGUUGUAUGUUGGUUUCUGUAACAGUCCUGGCUAUUCUGUCAACUAAUUUCAGGACAUCCAAUACUGAUGAAUAUACGAUAUUCAAAUUAUUUCCCAACACUAAGAAUGAAACAAGAUUAAUCACAAGAUCAAGUGCACUGACUGCAACUCGAGUUCUGGACAUACUUGAGUAUUGACUGGCUUUAAAUGUUUAAGACCACUUUGAGACCAUGUUAACCAGUUCUGACCCACACCACCAAUUUAACAUGUGCAAAAAUGGUCACAUGGUCUUUCUUUAAAGAACCACGGUUUGCUUGUUCCUGUCAUGAAGCCAGUCAGCAGAAGAGAACUGACCAAAACAACGGACCAAAACCGUGUCUUCUUCUGAUCGGUGUCCUUGUAAAAAAAAUAAAUAAAUAAAUAAAACAGUGGUGACAGAAGAACUGUGCAGAUAGCCAGUGAUUGUGUACAGAGACCCUUUCCAGUCAGAGCACCAUGUAAGAAUGAAUGCAUUAAUUGUGAUUGUUGGCAUUCUUAAAAUCAAGUUUCUAACACAGUGGUUUGUGGUGAACCUGUCUAUUAUGGGCUAAACAAAAUCAGAUUAAAUUAGUUAAUUGGAUUGCGUGUUGUCUCUGGCCUGGACUCCGUGUCGGUGCUGAUUGGUCCAGGCCCUUUAAACGCCUUUACUUUGGAACAGUGCGCAAGUGUUGAGGAAGCUGCAGGAGUUUGUUAGUAGCAUUGCUGUGACUGACUUGGGUAGAGUAGAUGGCUGGAGUUUGGAUUUGGUUUGCUCUCUUAAUCUAGGGGCUGAUGUUCCUCUCUGAAGUAUGUAAAAAUCCUUUACAAUGCAUAGUGUGACACGGAGUCAUUUUGACAUGGAAAUUAUGAAUUAUUGCAGCAUCGGUCUGUGGCACAAAGUGAGCUGCCAGGAAUAAAGGCUGUUACCGUGCUAGCAGGAAGCCUGUGCAGGAGGGUGGAGAUUGCUGACUUAACCUUUAAUCUCAGGUGCUUGGAGAGGUGCACUCCUUCACAGUGCUUCAUUUUACUUUGUGAGUUUUAUGAAAUUCACAGUAAUAGAGCAAAAAGACCAAAAAGGUGAACAUGUUAAAUAAUGUGCAGCCGACAAAAUCACCUGGACCUUUAUUUAAACAGCAAAGAGAAGACACGUGUUGGGCUGUAGUUUUGCCUUGAAACUACCUGCUGAUGGGGUUGGAGAGGUGUGUGUGUGAGACGUUGCUUUGUGCACCACAUUUUUAAACUUUUUUUUCUUUUCCUUUUCAAUCAUUUUAAAAUAAAGUAUUUAUUUUUGCGUUUAAAAAGUUUAUCUGAAUCUUGAAUGAAAACAACACACACAGCAGCCAUUUUAGGAAAUUUAUUUGGAUAAAAAGUGAAAUUGUUCUCCUCAGUGAUCAUAACUGGCCUUUUCCCAUUUGCAUUGACUGGAUUAAUGAAAGACACAAGCCAGCCUGUACAAUAUGUACACAGAUACUGCAUCUGAGUUUACAUAUGAGGCCACAUCAACCAUCAAAAGCAACACUUCACCCUACUACAGAAGAGACAUAAAGGAACACUUCAAUCCUAUUUUAACCCCAGUGCUUUAAGUGGAUUGAUGUGUUCUUUUUAGUAUAAUUAUUACUCUCUCACUUUGGACUGUUUGGGUAUAAAAUGUUGAUCAAGGGGUCAUACAGAGUAACAUUUUUCACCAUUUGUUUUUCCUUUUUUAAUACGAAUAAUAAAGUAACAAUAACGCUGUUACUAGACUUUGAAUUGGACAAUACCAAAGUGAUUCCUAAACUGUUAUUUGUCAUGUUUUCAUUUUUUAAUCAAAAUUAUUCAUGUCCAGAACUGGGCCAAAGGCCUCAGAGUCACUAAGACUAGGAAAAAUACCACCAAUAGUAAAGAAAGACAAACACUGUUUCAUAUUGUCAUUUUAAAUAGAUAAAAUAACUUUUGCUUUUAUCUUUUAAUUACAUAGAAUAGAGAAAUGUUUCUUUAAAUUCCUAUUUACAUCAUGAACUCAUGGCUCAGAGAAAGAAUUGAUUUCUCCUAAGUUAAUGGGGUUGGCACAAGAGAAAAGAUUGUAACUGAA